UCCGUCCCGACAGCAAUGCGCUGCUCCUGCUACAACAACAAGUGACAUUUGCGGCCGUCUGAGCCGCAGGGAGCAGCGGGUGAAUGUAUCAGCGGACGGGUCGUGUAUCUGCCGAAGCCCCGGAUGUGUGUGCGGCGUCGGCGGAAAUGACCAUGAGAUGACUCAGCAGUGGCUUGGACAUCGAUGAUUCAACAGAAGAUGAGGCGUGCUCUGUUUGUCCGACUCGUCAUCGCUUGUUACCAUAGCUACAUAAACCACUCUGACAUGGACACUACCCUAUAGGAAAUCAUGCUUUUUGCAAACUGAAGUCACUAAAAUACGUUUUUGUCUAAAUUAGUAUUAUUAUUUUGAAUGGGUUUUUGCUAAUUUUCUGUGAUAAAAUGUCCCUGGCUGAGCAGUCUCAGAAAUGGUUUCCAACCCAUGUCCAAGCCACCGUUCUUCAGGCGUCCGGUUUACAGCCUAAAGGCAAAAAUGGCACCAAUGAUGCCUACACCAUCAUCCAGCUGGGGAAGGAGAAGUACUCCACGUCGGUGGCGGAGAAGACGGCCGACCCCGUCUGGAGGGAGGAGGCGUCCUUCGAGCUGCCCGGUCUGCUUCUGGAGGGGAACCCCGAAGUGUACGUGCUGUCGCUCACAGUGAUGCACCGCUCGUUGGUUGGGAUGGACAAAUUCCUGGGCCAGAAGACGAUCAACCUCAACGAAAUGUUUGAUAACAAGCAACGAAAGAAAACCGACUGGUUCUCCUUGGAGUCCAAGCCGGGGAAGAAGAAGAAGGACCGGGGUCGGAUCGAGGUCAGCAUCCAGUUCAUGAGGAACAAUAUGACGGCCAGCAUGUUCGACCUCUCCAUGAAGGAGAAGCCGCGCUCGCCCUUCUCCAAGCUGAAGAACAAGGUGAAAGGUCGCAAAAACGACGGCGGGGGCGGCUACAGCGACACGUCUUCGGCCAUCUUGCCCCGCUCUGUGGUUUGCGACGUGGAGCCGAGCGGCCGGCCGGCGGCGGCGGAGACGAAGCCGGAGAUGAAGGCGAAGCGGCCGCUGCUGUCCGGGGGCCAGAAGCUGUCGGCGGCCCACUCCAUGUCCGACCUCAUCGGGAACCACUUCCGACCCAAACUGGACUCCAUGAACUCCAUCGAAGAGAGCGGAAGUACAGGUGGCCCUCACCGGCGUUCCCAGAGCGAGGUGCCUGGAUACCAGGACGGAGAAGCACACAGUGACCCUUUCACUGAUAUCAGUGACACCCUGCCACAGAAGUAUGCCACGCUCCCACGCAACCGCAACCCGUUUGAGGGCGAGCGGGGGCAGCAGCCGUGGGAGCGGGCGGAGCGGAGGGAGAAGAAGGAGAAGGUCAGCCUGCUGGAACGUGUGACGGGGAAGAAGGAGGGCCGCAGGGCCGGCAACGGGGGCCGAUCGGGGAGCUCCGGAGACCUGCGCUCUCCCAACCCGUUCAGCGCCGACGCCGCGGCCGACACCAACCCGUUCAGCUUCAGCUACAAAACCAGUGACAACAAGCAGACAGGAAACGAGGACGGCCUCUUUGGGCAGAAGAAGAAGAAGAAGGACAUUUUCGGCAAAAAACAUGUGGCACCACCAGACACGGCAGCCAACUACAGCAACCUGACCUUUGACGAGGUCGUCCAGGAACUCAUCAAGCAGAAGGAAGUGGUCCGGAAGAAAGACGCGCACAUCCGGGAGCUGGAAGACUACAUCGACAACCUGCUGGUCCGCGUCAUGGAGGAGACGCCCAGCAUCCUACGGACUCCCUACGAGCCCAAAAAGAAGGCCGGUAAACUCUCAAAAAAGAAGAGCUAAAAACAAACACUGGAUGAAAAGUCGUUAGUAAAAGUUCAGAAGGAGAUCGGGGGUCAAGGGUCGAUCACAUUCAAGUAGCUCUACUUUAACUUCCUCUUUUAAUUUAAAUUUUGGGGUUGCUUUUAAUAUUUGUUGCUGUACUGAAAGACAAAUGAUUCAUUGAUGUUUGAAGUCAAGACAUUAGCUUGAGAAGGUUUUGGUCUGGAUUAUUUUAAGCUCUGUAGUAAUUUAUUGCACAUCCAUUUGCCAUAAUCGGCUGCGAUGCUUCCAGACUUGUUUACCGGACGCGUUAGCUGCUGUUACGUUACAAAUCAAGCUGUUUACAAUCGAUUCCAAACAUUUUAGACCGGCAGGUCUGUCCUCUACAGAUAUUCCUAGACUGACUGGAAGAUGUUUUCCCAAGAACAAAUGUUUGUGUUUUUUAAUGUUAUGAGUUGGAGGGGUUCAAACUUCACUUGCAAUAAGUGCAAUAUAAUCACUACGGAAACAUGUUGCUUUACAACCUGCUGGUAUUUCUCUUGUUUACAUUUGAAUCGUACGUUUGCGUUGAACUCGCCUCUUCCUGUUGAUCUGAUUGGUCGUUUCCUUCGAAGCUCUGCUGCUGAUGGUAUUAAUGGUACACAUGUGGAUCUAUGCUGCACAAUCCUUUAUUUAUAAGUGUUUUAUAGCUCAUAUGAAUGUUACUUUAAUCACUGGAACGUACUGUUGGUGAAAAUCAAAUAUAAUUUUUUCCCAAGGUGUUCAAAAUGAAGUGUUCUCUAAAAAUGUCUUGAAAGAAAAGACUUAGUUGGCUGCAUCUUUAUGAUCACUCCUGAUUUUGAAAUGUUUGCUUCACUUUCUGGAUGUUGGUUUCUAAAACGGAGACAGAAGAUCAUCCAGAACUUCUGUAAGAUAAACUGAAGUUACAAACUGAUUUUUUUUGUCAGUGAGAUAAAGAUUUCGCUUUCCAAUUAAACAGGACGAUGUUUCUUAUAAGAGGAAUUUUUUUACUUCCGAUGCGAUGCCGAUAUUGGAGCUUUAAGUAGCGACUGAUACCGACAUUAAUCCAAUAAGACACAUAUAGGGCUCAGACUGGUGCUUGAAAUUCAUGGAAAUGCUUGAAUUUCUAUUCUGUGUUGUCAGGGUUUGGAAAGUCCUUGAUUUCUUUGUAAAAUUCUUCAAAGUCUUUGGUUUGGUGCUGAAGUUAUUCAAACUCCACAGUUUUGCAUUAAACAUCAUUUACAGUUGAAACCAGAUUUUCAAAGAUAAUAAAAUGACAGAUAAUAAAAUUUUUUCUCGACGUCUGAAGGUAAAUCAGACUAAACUUUUCUUGUUUUAGGUUAGUUGGAAUCAUCAAAAUUAUUUCUAUUUGCUAAAUGCCAGAAAACUUAGCAAGAACAUUUUCUGGAGUUUUUUUUGCAACAUUCUCAGGUGUAUAGGAUAUUGCAAGAUGUUUCAAAACAUAAAAUUUUGUUUCAUUUUAGUUUACCUUGACCCUCCAGCAGGAUAAAGAAUGCUAGGCCGUUCACCAUAACAUUUCUUUGGAUGAUAAAUUGUCCCAGAAGCCAUUGCAAAAAACAAUAAUAUUGAUGUUUUGAGGCCUAUUUCAGGUAACAUAAUGGUGUAAUAAUACAAGAAAACAUUCUCAAAGAUCAUUAAACAAAUAUCUAAAAUAAACAAAACGGCAAAUAAAAUGAAUAAUGAAGUCUGUAAACAAAAUUGAAGGCCAAUUUUGUUUACCAAAGCACCAGACUGAAGACUUUUAUCACCCAAUUUUUCAUAGAAAGAGAAAAACGAGAAAUGAUUCCAAUGAAAAUUAGUGAAUUUGUUGUAAUUUAUCAUGCGACUUACUGCGAAAGGCCUAGUUUGAAUAGAAAUUCCUUGUUCAGAGACUGUCAGGAAAAUGACUGUAAGGAAGUGGUUGUUGUGGAGCAACAGAUCGAAUCGCUCUUUGCCAGCCACAUGGAGAGACAUCAGUACGAUGAUUAGCAACUAUAUCAACUUGUGUGGACAACACAGUGAGAGGCUUCUCCGAUCAUAAACCCUGUGAGCUAACAGGACCGUUAAACAACUAAAAAAGAACCUAUUUAAUUGAAUUUGUUUACAUAACAUGUGCCUAUCAGUUUGAUAUGUUAUCGAUUUAUACAUGGACUCAUAACCAUAAUGUAUGGGAGCCAAAAGCUUUAUAUUUAUCUAACUGACACGCAAAUUAAAAUAUAACACUUGUUUUUUUCUUCUGUUUUAAACAUUAAAUUAAAGCCACCAUUAAAACACAGAGCAAACGUACAAAAUCAGAGUGAAUUAUUCUGAAGCUGGAAAUCUGGUUGCUGGUGUUGUAGGUGGAUCUGGUCCUAAUGGGUAAACUCUGCCUUGUGCCUCCGUAUUAAUCUGAUUUUUCUUUUAACAUUCCUCAGACUUUUAUACUUUCUGAGACCUAAUGGCUCAUUUGUUCAUAAUUUUUAAGGGUACAAACACUUUUAGAUGUCAUUUAGUUCAGAUAUAACACUGUUCAUUAUUAUUUUGAUGUUUUAUCAGCUUUUUCUUACCUCUGUGAGCCUAAAUAACAUGACUUGUUAUUUAAAGCAACUCUUUCUAACUCUGUUUCCAGUCGAGAAGUGUUAAAUAUUUGGCUGUUUAGCGAGUGGAGCUGAAACUGACAGAUUUACAUGUGUAAUUGAAAUGUGCAGUGCACCUCUCAUUUUUAAUUUACGAUCCUUGUUUCUUUUCCCUUUCAUUGUAAACAUUCAGCAACCUUUUCCUCUAAAACCGAUCAGACCACUUCCACUCAAAUAAAGUAAGAGUUACGAGAGAAAAUCCUUGUUUUUGCUGGAGGGAAAACGGAUUCGACCCAAAUGUUGAGAAGUCGUUCAUUUUGUUUUAUUAAGGUUAAGGUCUUUUCUGGCCCGCAGAAACAACUUUCUUUUCUCCUUUAUCAUCAACACGUUAAAGCAUGUUAAAUUUAUUAGUGAGCAAAUAAGAAGAAAAAGAUUCAAAAUGAAGUUAUUUUGCAUUUUUAAUUGGGGAGAAAACAAAAGAAAUAUCCUCUGAAUACUCUUAACUUGACAGUUUUGGCUCAGUUUUGUUUUAAAAUGUUUGGCCCCCCUGUAAAUAGUUAAUGUGCUUUAUCUACAUUGAAACGACCAUUAACUGAAUCCAGUUUUAUCAAUUUAUCAGUAAUCUGCUGUACUUUCCAAAAGUAUUAAAACCCAUUGAACUUUUCCACAGUUUCUUCGAUUUAAACCACAAACUUAUUAGGAUUUAGUGGGAUUUUAUAAUGGGGUCGACUGAUAAAUCGUCCCAGUGCGAUUAACAAUAGUCAGCACUGUUGCCAACUUCGGCACUUUGUUGCUAUAUUCAGCAACUUUUGAGAUAAAAGAAUCGAAAUCAGCAGAUCAGACUUUUUAAAGAUUGAAGAUUGGCCUGAAAACUGCAUUCAGCACAACAAUUUAAUUUUAAAAUUAUAAUUUUGCAAAUAAAACUCUUUCUUAGGGGGUUGUGUUUGUAUUUAAUGCUCUUAUUUAAUACUAUAUUGAGCAAGUUUUUGCAUCUUGAACAGCUUUACAUUCAGUUGAAACCAGUUAAUUACAUAAAAAGAGACAUUUUUUCUCACUGUAUUGAAGUUAAAUUUGACUAAACUUUUCUUUUCAGCUUAGUUGGAAUCACUGAAAUUAUUUGUAUUUACUAAAUGGCAGAAAACAUAGCAAGUAUUUGUAUUUACAUUUAGAGAAGUCCUUUCUUUCACAAGACAGACUUUUAACCCUGAUACUGACCAAAUUCGACGAACGUCACAAAGAAACCUCUAAAUAUUUUCUAUCAUUUAGCAAAUACAGAUAAUUUUAGUAAUUCUAACUAAGUUAAAACAAGAAAAGUUUAGUCAGAUUAAUAUUUCAGAGUGAGGGAAAAAUCACGUGUUUUUAUUGGGUGUAUGUAAAUUUCUGGUUUCACCUGAAUCUAGAAACUGAACCUUUGAUUAAAUUAAUGUUUGCAAUCGGUGGCUGUUACAAAAACAAACAGGAAAUGUUUUUAUCAUAAUUGCAACAAAAAUGUUAAUUUUAGUACUUUUUCUAUAAGUUCUCAAGCAAAAUCUACUUUUAGUAUCUAAAACAUGCUUUUAAGAGUAACUGACUUCAACUGUCCAAAGAUCUUUCUUUAUUUUCCAUAUUUAUAGAAAAAAUUCACCUCAUUUUGAAAUGUGUUUUUUAUUCCAUAAUAGAGGAUUCUGUUCUAAAAUUUGAAAACAUAUUAAUGUAAUAUUCACUUGUUGGUUUUGUAGGUACGUGUAAAUCGUCACUUGUGGUGAGUUUAUUUUUUACUUUAGAAAAAGCUGCCAACUUUUCCUAAGAAGUUUUUUGUUUGUUUUUCUUGAACUUUCAUUUAUUUCUUGUUGGUUGAAAUGUUGGACACAGCAGCAAAAACGCAAAACUUUACCAAGUACUUUUGGCUUCUAGUGUAAAUAUCUUAGUACAGGUGAAAUACAAGAAAACAAGCUAACGAGUAAGAGGAGUUUGCGUUAAGUCGGUAAUUUCUGAAUAUUGAUGAAAUUUACUGCGUAAACAGUUGGUCUAGAACUGGGUUGCUGGCCGGUGUUGCCAGGUAACGGCACAUUUUGUUUGCAAAAUAAUCUGCCUUAAACAAUAUUAGGAAUUAUUUACUUAAAAUGAGUUGUUAGAUUUUGCUGAAUUGUUGCUUUUUAUUUCAAGUUUACUAUGAUAUUUGCACUACAAAAAUUGCCAAAAAUACUUGGUAAGCUGUUGUGUUUUUGCAGUGUGAAGCCUCCUCACUGGUCAGAUUAUCCUCCAGUUCAAACAUUUGACUGGUUUCCAUUCACAUAUUACUUUCUGCUGCUGUGAAAUCGUCGUUCUGCUGCUCUGCGAUGGUUUUUCCCGACUGGAGGCCAAAAUCUCCCGGUACUGAAUGUAUUCUGCUCUUCUUUUGUAAAGUGGAAACACUAUGAAGGCCGUUGACACGCUUGCCUUUAAAGUAUUGGCUUCAUCCUGUUCGCUGGCUAACGUCACACCCUUCAUUCAGGAUUGUAAAUGAAUGAGCUUCUGCUGGAACUGAUUUGUUUUGUUUUUUCUGAUGCCAAAAAAUGUCAGAUUUGGUGUGAGUAUGAUGUGAUGCUAUGCUGCCUGCUCGCUCCAGCUAAAGCUGUCAUUUUAUUUAGUUCUCUUGUUUUUUUUUUUGCGUGUUCUCGGGCCUUUCUGAACUCUUGGUACUUCCAUUGUACAUAUUGUGUAGAUGAUUUGUGACUUUUAGUCAUUAUUGGGGAUUUUUCUGCCUACUCGAGUACCACAUUUCAAAAUAUGGGGGAUGAAACUGGCUUAUAAGUGAAAUGAAUGCCUGUAUGAAUUUUUGUCAGACUAAACGUCGCGGCGAUUGUGGAACAGGUUGUUUACCCGCACAAUCUUCCCCCAAAGCCUGAUUGCUUUGCUUUACUGACAGAAUGUAAAAGAAAAGGUCUGACGACGUUUUAAUGUCGAAUAAAUGUGGACCCUGAGGUUAUUUAGUUCAAAUGAAAGCUGAAGGAGGGGGGCGGCGGGGUGACUAGUUCAAAUUAAUUAAUUUUGCCUGUCAUUUCUUUGUUUUCUUUUAGCUUGAUUAUUGCAUUUGCUUUAUGCUUCUGCAUAAUUGUCUUCUUUUGUAGACGUCAAACUAAAACACAAAUCUAGAUGUCAUUCAUUUUGCACAGCGAAUGUAGAGGAUCCACUCUGCAGGGAGACUGAGCUGCAUCAUGAUUGUUGAUUUAUUUUAUUCAUUAAAUGUUUUGCGGUUUAUUAGCACCGCUAGUAGAGAUGUGUGAAAAGCCUUAAAAUAAAUCAACUCUAGCUGGAUGACAAAUUGCCCCAGAAGUUAUUCAAAAAUAACAAUGAUAUUGUUAUUUUAGUACAGUGUAAUGCAAGUUCGCCCUUGCAAAGACCAAUAAACUUUAGUUUUCUAAAGAACAGUUAACACUGGAGCUGGAAGAUAUUGCAAAUAUCUAAAGUAACACACAAUAGAACAAUAAAUAAACCAGAAAUAGACACCAUACACAACCAAAACCACAAAUAAAAUGGAUUUUGUCUUCCUUGUAAACAAAAUUUCCCUUAAAAAUUAAUCAGCAGAAUGUAAAUUAUCAAGCUCAUUUUAAUUUAUCAUGAAAUUAAUUGCUUAUUUCAACAGGCUUAGCUGUUGCAUAAUCUCACAGAUUUUAAAAAAAACCAACUAAUUUUUAAUCUGAGUACAGUUAUUCUUGGCAAAUGAUCAAAUUUCCAGCAUUUCUAACAAAUGGAACUGAAGCAUUUUUUUUGUUUCUACAUUUCUUUUUGAGGUUGAUAUAAUCUGUGACUUCCUGCUUCUCAGGGUGUAAAUAACUUUUACACCCAGAGUCUUUUUACACACAUUUUUGACGGGUGCCAAUAAACAUGAAGGAGUUUUCAAAUCCACUAAGGCCUGAAAAUGUUUGGAUGUUUCUGCUUAAAGCUACCUUCUGUCAUAAAAGAUGAAAGUUAAUCACAAUACUUUGUGGUGUUUAUAGUGGGAAAUGUUGAUAUUGAUGACAAAACUGCCCAGUUUCACAUGAUUAAGUUCAGUGUGUCAGUUACAUCAAGGUGAGGUUAGGGGCUAGCAUCAGUUUUUUUAAUGGUACACUAGUAGAAUAUGGAGUUGAAUGUCAUUCCUGCAUGUCCGUCACAUGUUUUUGUAUUUCACAUCUGCCAGAUUUUGUGGCUUUUCUUGGUCAUUAAGCCUUUAUUUCCCACAAACUGGCUUCAUUUUUAUCAAAUGUCAUCCAACCCAGGUAUAGUUGGUGAAACUCUAAGCUGGUUGACAAGUUUUUUUUUUUUUU